CACGGUUAUCAGUUCGUGGUCCAUCGCUAACGAAUAUAAAAACAAUUGACUUGCGAGGAUUUUAAUUUAAAUUUCCUUUUGCCGUUGAUUACAAUGGACAAACUGACGACAAUUAGUGCCACGCUCUUUAUGGCGGCCGAUGUGUUUGCGAUUGUCAGCCUGGCGCUGCCGGAUUGGAUCAUCACGGAGUCGGGCACAGGUGACAUUCGACUGGGUCUGAUGUGGACCUGCAUGACGCUGUACAAUCGACCCCAGGUGUGCUACACCCCCGACCUGCAGCCGGAAUGGCUGAUCGCCCUCAUCUGCAUCUUCGUGGGCUGCAUCUGCGUGACCACCACCGUCAUCCUGCUGGCCUCGUCCUCCUGCAACCGGAAUGUGAUUCCCUACGCCCGCUGGGUGGGAUUCACGGCCAUGGUGCUGUUCUGCAUGGCGGCCGUCGUCUUCCCGCUGGGCUUCCACGUCGAGGAGAUCGGCGGCCAGGCCUACCAGCUGCCCAACACCUUCAAGAUCGGCAUUUCCUACAUCAUGUUCGUCCUGGCCCUCUGGAUCACCGUGGUGUCCGAGCUCUUCGCCGGCAAGGUCUGCCUGCCGCACUUCUAGAGACGCGAGCACGGCAUCACCGGAUUCCUGAUUUCAUUUGCAGUUUGCUCUGUGAUUUGUUAUACCUUUUGUUUUUCCCUGAUUUUUCUCGCUCUAAAUUGAUAGGGUGACUUCCCGUCCCUACUCUGUAAGCAAGUUUAAGUAUUUUAACAUCUAGUUUCUCGUCUCCGAGCUGGAAACUCGAAAAUUACCUGUCUUGACCGAAUCUCCCAAGCUCUCUCUUCCUGUCCUCAGCUAAACUAAAAGUACCUUUUGUAUAUUUUGUAUUUUCACAAGCCACCUUUAGCUUAGUUUUUGUACUGUGUUGUAUGUCAACUACUAGUUCAGUAUUCCAGCUCAAAAAUCGAGAUCCUGUGUCUAGAGUAAUCUCACAAAUUAAACCUAGGUUUAGGAACAAUUUAGUUAGUACGAUUUUGUUACUCGAAUAUACAUAUGGUAUUUCAACAGAAAAA